AUACUUGUUGGAGGUGGACAGUGACAAUGUUGGGCGUUACAACGAGAGCUCUUUGAGUCCACGAACGGCUGCCUUUCAGCCGAAGCUCAAGCCUCGCGCUAGGAAGGGAGGAGCUGGUGGAGGGGCGGGUUCUGAAGCAGCUGCGCCCACAGGACAAUCUGGCCCAGCAGCCGGUCCAUCAGGACGGCACACUGCUCCAGCGGGAAAUCUAGGGGGUGUUGCGCAGGCGAUAGCGCCCCCUCUCCGCGCUACAGCCGCUGCAGCUGCUGCCGUCCCAUCCGAACGAGCAUCAGCACCAGCGCAACGUCACCUUCCUGACGCUCCGACUCCCGCUCCACAACUACCCUCCCCUUCUGUAGCGCCAGAGGCUCUUGUUUCGGCCUCACCCGCACCGUUCCCUUCGGCAGCAUUAUUAGCCAGGGAGACUCAUCAAGCAGAGGGGUUAGAUUCGAUUCAAGGGGGUUUUGGCGCCCCUUCCAGAACUGCCGCUGCUGCCCCUUCCCCCGCCGCCACAGCAGCCACUGGUGCAAGAGCGUCGUCUGCAUCUGCCCCUGCUGCCCCUCCAAUCGUUCCCUCCUCACGUGCUCCUACCCUCCCCGCUCCUGACACGUCUGCUCGUCCCCCUCCGCCUGCUCCUGCGCCUGCCCUAGAAAACGGUCCUCAUAUAAAUGCCGCGCGUUCAGCCCAUACUGCUGCUGCCCCUAGUGCUGCGCCUGGCACUGCCGCGGGAGCAGCAGAUGUAGCAGUGCGGGGAAAUGGGAGAGGGAGGGAGAAGGAGCAAGGGGUAUCUGGGGCUGAUAAAAGCCGAGGCGUGAUUGGGUCGGGAACCAAGGGAGUGUUCUUCCCACACUCGUUCCGGAUUGGAAAAAGGCGGUCGCAGGUGACUCCGGAGCUGCUAGCAGCGGAGGACCUGUCGGGCUUCACCAUCCAGCAGAUCAUUCAGCGCUCCGAAGUGCUCGACCGGGAGAAAGAGAAGGAGGAGCAGGAGAAGAAGCGGAUAGAGGAGGAGGUGGAGCGGAACAGAAGGAAGCUGGCCAGGCGGCGAGGGGAGGAUGUGGAUGAGGACGGCGAGGGCCCUGCUGCCUCUGCACCUGCCAGCAACCCCCCACCAGGCGGCAGCGGCGGGGGGGUGUUCGCUCCCCAGGUGACAGUGAUAGACGGGCGCAUUGUGGUGAACGAGGCGAGUCUGACGGCGGAUGCGCAGGGGGGGAGGGACGAUGCGAUGGAGGGGUACAAGCGGGUGGAGGAGAGCUCAGCACGGCUCAACUAUGGCACGCAUAUGAAGAGAGAGAAGAGCGACCGGUGGAGCGUGGACGAGACAACCCAGUGGUACCAGGCGCUGCAGCAGUUCGGAACGGACUUCAUUCUCUCACACAUAGACACACGACUCUCCACCAUCCAUCCCUUCUGUCUCUCAUCCAUCUCAUCUUCCAUCCCUUCCACUCACUCCCCUCCAGACAAGCAGCAGUAUGAGCGGUUGGCCUCGGCUCUCAACCCCCAGCUGGCACUGCAAGCGGUUAAUGAGGAGGAUGAGGGGAUGAUGGAGGAAGUGGAGAUGGAGGAGUGGAGAGCCGUAGCAGCAGAGCCUGCAGGAGAGGGGGAGGAGGGAAGGGCAGAGGAAGCAGGAGUUGGGCUAGAGGAGGCGCAUGGGGAGGGAGAUGGUGUGGAUGGUGGGGAGGAGGGAAUGGGUGGUGAAGGUGACUAUGGGGAAGGUGACUAUGGCACAGGGGCGGAUGGAACAGGGGAUUAUGGGGUUGUGACACAAGAAAGUGCUGCAGUGACUCAAGGUGAAGGUGACUAUGGUGAGGCGGAAUAUGGGGAGGGGGAGGAGAUGGGAGGGACGAUAGGGUAUGAAGACCCGUUUGCUGCGUAUGGAGGGGACGGGGAGGUGGAGGAGGAGGAUCCUCUGGGUGGGUAUGGCUGA